ACAAGUAUCUCUCAGACUUGAUCAAGGAGAAGCUGCUCGUCUGUCUCAGUCUACAGUCAUCCAAGUUCAGACAUGAUGAAAGGCAUUAUUCCCAAGAGCAAAGCAAAAGGCACUGACUUCUGUGCAGAGGGCAAAUACCAUUAUAUAAUUCGUUCUGAUCUCGGCUGCUAUAUGCAGACAAUUGAUGUAAAAGAAGGUUUAGACAUCUCUAUUUUCAGUCUGCAUCCUGCCUGCCAAAAUGGAGACCAUUACCUUGGUAGUGGAGACGGCUCCUUUUUCAUCAUCAAGGGCAAAUCAUUCCGCAGAGUCAACAACCUGACGAGAGACAGCGAUGCUAAAGUUUACAGCCUUCAUCCCAACUGCCAGGGUGGAGACCACUAUUUUUCAACCUUUGGCUCUUGUUAUUUCAUCAUCUUCCAAGAAAAGGGCACUUAUCGAAUAACAACAGACUUGCAUCAAGACACAAAAGGGGAAGAACACAAGCUGCAUCCCAGCUGCAUAAAUGGUCUCUAUUAUUGGGGCAUGCCAAACCGAUGCUUCUUCCUCAAGCCAGUCUCAGAUUGGGGAGUUGAGUUCUGCGGCAGUAAUGACAUCAGCAAAGAGCAGUGCUUUGGUGUCUAUUCUGUUCAUCCCAAUGUUCUUAACUUCCUUCCUGGUGGGCUGUCAGUAACUAAAGGCCCAGCAUUUGGCAUUUGGGAGAACAUCAAAACUAUAACUAAUGACAGCACGACACCAGUGACAUGGCAAAAGAGAAUCAAUAAAAAGGUUGGAUAUAAUAAGGAGAAGAUGUCCCAAAUCACACACAACUGGAAGGUAGCCAUGUCAUCCUCGAUUGAAUCUGGAGACCUUUCAAAGUUAAUUGUGAAGUGUCAGUUCUCCUUUUCUGCAGAAUAUGGAGGUUCACACGUCAGCACUGAAACUGAAAGCUGGAACGAAGCAACUGAAGUGGAAGAACAACUCACAAUUGAGCUGAAGCCAAACGAGUCUUUAUAUCUGUGGCAGUACAGACUGAGUCUCGGUCAAGAACCAGUGUUGUUCUGCCGUGAUUUGAAGAUUUCUAAUAAACCAAACCCUCCAACUGAAGUCCCGCUGCCACCCGCACAAUCAUGAAAACAUAACAGGAUGGUUUAAUUACAAGUAUCACCAAGUGCUUCAGUUAAAUAUCUUAAUUAUAACUUCUCAAGUGAUUAUUUAGAUAUCUGCAUGCAUUGCUUAAAAUUAGACUAAAACUGUUUAAAAUAGAUAGGAAAAUUUUCAGUUCUAGUCAAUGUAACCACAAAUUACAACACUAUUCAUUAUGAUAUUAUUGAAACUUGGUUUUUAUUAUUAAAAGAAACUGACGGAAUCCUAUUUUUAAUCAUGAAAUUUCUUCUUAAAAUCUCAACCCAAUUGCAAAUCUUUCAAUAUGGUUUUGAGAGAUUUUUACUCUGGAAAAAAAUGGGUGCUUGGCAUUUAUUACUGUACAUGUACUUAUAGAUGUUGUCAUAGGGUAUCCAAAGUCUACUAAAGUGUUUGAUUCACAAGUCAUAAAAAGCUCUGCAUUCUGUACUCAUGCAUCUGGGAUGUAAAUGUAAGAUUUUUAUUUUUAUUUUUUUUACAUAUUUUCCACAUA